AUGGCAGAGGCGCUCUGCAGGACCACGGGCUCCGCUCUCUUGCACCCGCUGAGCCGCCUGCUGGGCAUCCCGCUGGACCAGGUAAAUUUUGUUGCUUGUCAGCUCUUUGCCCUCCUGGCGGCAUUUUGGUUUCGCCUGUACUUAAGCCCUAGUCGUGCCAGUUCUGGUGUCCGCCAUGCGUUUGCCACCAUUUCUGGAAUAUAUUUUGCUGUUUUCUGCUUUGGUUGGUACUCCAUCCAUAUUUUCACGUUAGUGAUGCUGAGCUAUGGUAUCAUGAAUAUGGCCAGUAUUCCCAACAUUCAUAGGUACUCUUUUGUAGUAGCUAUGGGAUACCUCACUCUGUGCCAUGCUAGCCGGAUAUACAUAUUCCACUACGGUAUUCUCACUACAGACUUCUCUGGGCCACUGAUGAUUGUAACACAGAAGAUCACUACUCUUGCCUUCCAGGUGCAUGAUGGAAUAGGCCGGAAAGCAGAAGACUUAUCAAGUGAGCAAAAUCAACUUGCUGUAAAAAUAAGGCCUUCUUUGCUGGAGUAUUUGAGCUAUCAGCUCAACUUUUUGAGUAUCCUAGCAGGGCCCUGCAGCAAUUACAAGGAUUACGUAGCUUUCAUUGAAGGGAAACAUGUGCAGAUGAAGCUUUUGGAAGUCAGCUGGAAGCCAAAUGGGCAUGAUAAACUUCCUGAACCUUCUCCAAUGGGAGCCAUUCGGCACAAGCUCUGCAUCGUGUUCGUAUCGCUGCUUUUGUUCCUGACAUUUACCAAGAACUUUCCAGUUGCUUACAUUGUUGAUAACCAGUUCAUCGAUAAGACUUCUUUUUUGUCAAGACUCGGCUACUUGUAUGUUGUUAUGCAGGCUUCCAAGCCAAAAUACUACUUUGCGUGGACACUCGCUGAUGUGAUCAACAAUGCAGCUGGUUUUGGGUUCAGUGGUGUUGAUGAAAGAGGCUGUUUCCACUGGGACUUAUUGUCUAAUCUAAAUAUCUGGAAUAUUGAGACGGCAACAAGUUUUAAAAUGUAUGUAGAAAACUGGAAUAUACAGACCACUGCCUGGCUUAAACGCGUGUGCUACGAUAGAGCUCCUUUGUACCCUACAGCUUUAACGUUUCUUCUCUCAGCUGUUUGGCACGGUGUUUACCCUGGAUAUUAUUUUACAUUUAUCACUGGAAUCUUCAUGACACUAGCGGCGAGAGCGAUCAGGAACAAUUUUAGGCAUUUCUUCACUUCUCCAAAGACUCUCAAGAGGAGCUAUGAUGUUGUUACCUGGUUGGUAACUCAGAUGUCUGUCUGUUAUACAGUUGCACCAUUUGUUCUGCUAGCUGUUGAGCCCACAAUUAAAUUAUACAGGUCACUUUACUUCCAUAUGCACCUUUUAUGUUUUUUUGUUCUGUUGGUGCUGCCAAAGAAAUCUGAAGGCCACAGCAGAAGACAGCCUGCAGUUCGAGGCACACAAAACUCGAAUACAAAUGAGAAACAAAAAUGA